GGCUAACCCAGUUAGCACGUAGGGAAGCCAGGGGCGGAAGUCGCCAUGGUGCGGUUCAAGCACAGGUAUCUGCUCUGCGAAGUGGUGUCCGACGACCCCCGCUGCCGCCUGAGUCUGGAUGACCGAGCGCUGUGCGGCCUUGUACGGGACACGAUUGCCCGAGUGCACGGGACUUUCGGUGCAGCCGCCUGCUCUAUAGGCUUUGCGGUGCGAUACCUCAAUGCCUAUACUGGAGUAGUGCUACUUCGAUGCCGAAAGGAAUUCUACCAGCUUGUGUGGUCAGCUCUCCCCUUCAUCACGUACUUGGAGAACAAAGGGCACCGUUACCCGUGCUUUCUCAACACCUUGCACGUGGGAGGUACAAUUAGAACGUGUCAGAAGUUCCUGAUUCAGUACAACAGGAGGCAGCUGUUGAUCCUGCUGCAGAACUGCACUGAUGAAGGAGAGCGGGAAGCCAUCCAGAAGUCUGUCACAAAAAGUUGUUUACUAGAGAGAGAAUCCGGUGAGGAGGAACUCUCAGAUGGUGGUGAUGAGGUGGCUGAAGCAAUGGAGUGAACCUGUGCAGGCUGUGGGGUGCCCAAGCCUCCGGGCCCACUUGUUGCAAUGGGACGUUCUGGGAGGCAGCAGGAUCUUCCACUUUCUAGGAUCUGCCUUCUCCAUAACAAAAUGGAUGCCACUCAAAGUCCCUGACACAUUUGAUAGAUGUUUCACUUGUGCUUCAAUGUGCCCUCUCAUCUCAGGCUGGAACACCCUAAUCCCCAUAGAGUUCCUGAACUGGGAUUUCUAAACUGCUUCCUUUUAGGAAUGACAAAUUAGCCCUGGCUAACUUGGUGGAUUGAGCACCAGUCUGAAAACCAAAGGGUCAUGGGUUUGAUUCCCAGUCAGGGCAUAUGCCUGGGUUGUGGACCAGGUCCUUGGGGGGGGCGGUACCAGAGAGG